UCGCCACCCGCCAUGGCGUCUCAGCUCCGGCUUCCCUUCGCGCUGGCUCUGGUCACAGGUGCUGGUAGUGGCAUCGGCCGAGCAGUGGGUGUGCGCCUGGCCGCUGAGGGGGCCACUGUGGCUGCUUGCGACCUGGACGGGGCAGCGGCACGGGAGACGGUGCGGCUGCUGGGAGGGCCGGGAAGCCACGAGGGGGCACCCCGCGGGGCCCACGCAGCCUUCCAGGCUGACGUGUCCGAGGCCGGGGCCGUCAGGCGCCUGCUGGAUCAAGUGCAGGCCUGCUUUUCUCGCCCGCCAUCUGUCGUUGUGUCCUGUGCGGGCAUCACCAGGGAUGAGUUUCUGCUCCACAUGUCUGAGGAUGACUGGGACAAAGUCAUAGCUGUCAACCUCAAGGGCAUCUUUCUAGUCACUCAGGCUGCAGCCCAAGCCCUGGUGUCCAGUGGCUGUCCUGGCUCCAUCAUCAACAUCAGUAGCAUCGUAGGGAAGGUGGGGAACGUGGGACAGACAAACUACGCAGCAUCCAAGGCUGGAGUGGUUGGGCUGACCCAGACUGCAGCCCGGGAGCUUGGACGGUCAGACACCUGGGGCCAUGUGGAAGGUCUGAGGGAGGGUCAGUGUUCAGUCCUCUCUGGAGUCAGCAGCCACUCUCCUUUCCACAGACAUGGGAUCCGCUGUAACUCUGUCCUCCCAGGGUUCAUUAAAACACCCAUGACACAGAAAGUGCCACAGAAGGUACUGGACAAGGUGACUGGAAUGAUCCCACUGGGACAUAUGGGGGACCCUGAGGAUGUGGCAGAUGUGGUCGCGUUCUUGGCAUCUGAAGACAGUGGAUACAUCACAGGGGCGUCAGUGGAAGUCACUGGAGGUCUUUUCAUGUAACUGCCUCAAGGACCCCGGACUCUGCUCACUAUCCCACCACUCUGCCGGGCCUCCUGCUGAUGAGGACUCAGAGUUCCCAGGCUACAAAAGGGGUGGCAGUGUAUGGCUCAGGAAUGCUGAAUAUGGGAGGCAGGGGUGCUUGUGACCCUAAUAAAUUCCAAAUCCUCUUCCCUGCCACCUCCGGUU